CAUGGAUUAGCAUAGGUCAGUCCAACGGAAGCAGCCCCCAAAUAUUUUCUGCCAAAAUAAAGAUGAAGUUUCUAACUCUAUUCGGCUUGUUCCUCGUCCUGAGUUGUUUCACCCUCUCGAAUGGAGCUGCUGUAGGCAAGCCCACUGGUCAACCAGGAUGCCAAACAGAACAGGAACUGGCCGAGGUCUACUACCGCCACUUUUACUUGAAGAACGCCUACUGGAUCUGCAGUACUUUGGGUAUUCCAGCUACCCUGGGCCAGUGUACUGCGGGCUAUGGAUAUUUGGACGAUGUGAAAGCUUGCGUUCCAUUUUCCCAAUGGUACUGGUCUCCCACCGAGCUGCCGCCUAGCCAGCCUGUCGUGGCAUCAACCUAAACCACUACAAAUGGAAAUAUAAAAUCAAAAAAUAAAUUUUCUGUUAGAUUUUGAA